GAUAGUUUGUCUCUGUGGCUCCGCGAGAGGAGUCUGUCUGAAUAAAGACGCCAAUAACGCGAAGUGACUAGAUGGGAGCCGAGACGUAAAACUAGGGAAGAAGAGAUAAAGUGGCUUCAUGAAUAGGAAUGCCUGCCAGAUACCAGAAUUGGAGGUGAUGGAUGAAGAUCGGCAUAUUGAAGAAGUCUUGGAUAAGUUUGUUAAUUGUCACGAGCAAACAUACGGAUUUCUGAGCACUUUCACUCAUCUUUCAAAAGAUAAUGUGACCAAAAGAGGAGCCUUUGGAACCAAUUCUUCAGAAAAUAAUUUUACUUCAGUAAAAUUUACUCAGAGAAAUGAACCAAAUGAUCACCAUCUUAGCAAUAAAGCCAUCUUUCUUUGUACUUCGUCACAGUGUUCAGAAGAGGAACAGAUAGUGAUGGAUGAAGGCCAAAAAGUUGGCAGUUCCUUUCAAGGUGAUCUGAAUCGGGCAGGAAAGGUGAAGGUAGACAACUUCCUUGAUUUAGAAGAUUUGGACUUGGAUGAAGAGAUUAAGCCCCAAAUGAGUAAGGAUUUGCUGCUGCUUCCAGGAGAGGUGGAGCAGGACAUGAGCAUGAGUGUUCCUUCUUACAUUCCUUCCGUGGCCCAGCCUCUUAUGUCUGGAGUGAAGCCAAGGCCCACUGGAAAAGGAGCAGACAAACAAAGGGAAGAGAUAGUCGGAGAUGAAGUUUGGCCCUUCUCACUUGAUGAAGAAUUUGAUUAUGACGCUGUGAUGCUAACCCCCAAGUUCACUCCUGCAGAGAUAGAUGCCAUCAAAGAGCUAUGCAAGCAAAAGAGCAAGAGCACAGACUUAGAGAAACCCCGUGACUGAUCCACCAAGACAUCUUCGUGUUUAUUUUUAUUUUGUUCUUAUUCGAGCAACUUUACAAUAA